AUGAACACAGAUAGCGGUGGGUGUGCUCGCAAACGUGCUGCAAUGUCUGUCACAUUAACAGCUGUGAAGAGAGUUCAGAGUUCUCCAAACCUGUUGGCCUCAGGAUCUGAUUCUCAGUCUCCAGAUUCAGCUUGGAGAUCUUACAAUGACGGAAGUCGAGAGACACUGAAUGGAGAUGCUAGCAGUUCAUCUCUCACAGCAAAAGGUUUUAGGAGUGUGCGGCCAAAUCUACAGGAUAAAAGAUCACCAACUCAGGCUCAGAUCACAGUGAAUGGGAACUCUGGCACUGCUGCCAGCCCAGUGAGUUACUUUCAAAGGCCUUUUUCCCCUUCUUCAGCUUACCCUCCACCAGCUUCGCUCAAUUCCAACAUUGUUAUCAUGCAGCAUGGCAGGAUGAUGGAGUCCACAGAGACAUACUCACAGCAUGUUGAGACUCUUGGCAGUACCACCACCACCAGUACAAUACCAAUCUGUAGAUCCUCAGAAGAAGAAAAAAAAAUUACAGUCAUUAAAGCUCCACAUUAUGCAGGGAUUGGCCCAGUGGAUGAAUCUGGAAUCCCUACAGCAAUUAGAACGACAGUCGACAGGCCAAAGGACUGGUACAAGACAAUGUUCAAGCAAAUCCAUAUGGUUCAUAAGCCUGAUGAUGACACAGACAUGUAUAAUACUCCAUAUGCAUACAGUACUGGUUCCUACAGUCCAUCCUUCUCUGCUCAGGCACACCCAGCUGCAAAGACACAGACAUACAGACCAUUGUCUAAAAGCGCUUCUGACAGUAGCUCCGAUGCCUUUAAGGUCUCGUCCCCUUUACCACCUCCACAUGUGCCACCUCCAGUACCACCACAUCGUCUGAGGGAAAGGUCUACAUCAGAAAAAAAUGACUGGGAUCCCCCGGACAGAAAGGUAGAUACCCGCAAGUUCCGCUCCGAGCCAAGAAGUAUUUUUGAAUAUGAGCCAGGAAAAUCAUCAAUCCUUGAACAUGAAAGACCGACUUCCUUAUAUCAUCACUAUUCAACAGACAGAGGCAUGGACAGGCCCUCUAGUUCUGCAAGUACUGCAAGUGACUAUAGAAAACGAAGGAAGUCAGAACCUGCUGUAAGCCAUCAGAGGGUGCACAGCGAUCAGAAUGCAAACAGGCCUAGCCCAGGCCGUACAGAUAUGCAAGGCCCAUAUACCACCCUUCGAAAGCCUUUAACUAGCUCGUCUCCUUCUUCUCCAUCACGAGCAAAAGGUGGGGAUAUUAGCAAAGUGUAUCCAUCCCUUUCAAGUUACUCAGUGCACAACCACAACACCUCAAAUGAAUUAGAUUACUGUAGCACUUACAGACAACAUUUAGCUGUUCCAAAUGAUUCAAGAAGGGCAGUCAGCUACAAGAAUGGCUGGCAAAUGACUCGUCAAAAUGCAGAAGUCUGGAGCAGCACAGAAGAAACUACUUCUCCAAAGAGAAAAUCUCGUAGCUAUGAUGAUCUGUUAACAGAUGAUCACGAUAGUUUUCCCGAUGCGCAGGCCAAGUCUGAAAGCAUGGGCUCCCUGUUAUGUGAGGACUCCUCCAAAGAAGUUUGCUCAAUGAACUGGGCCUCCCCAUAUGGUGAGGGCCGCGGUGGUAGUAGGUCAAGGGUUCGCCACAGAUCCGCACACGAUGCCCCAGGCUUCCUAAAAAUGUACAAAAAGAUGCACCGCAUCAAUCGCAAGGACUUGAUGAAUUCUGAGGUGAUUUGUUCUGUGAAGUCCAGAGUACUGCAGUAUGAAAAAGAACAGCACAAAGGUAUCCUUCAAGGCUGGAGGGAGUCUUCUACUGAAGAGGUGCCCAGAGACAUGGUGCCAACCAGAAUAUCUGAAUUUGAAAAAUUAAUUCAGAAGUCAAAAUCAAUGCCAAACCUAGGUGAUGAAAUGUUGUCAACUGUUACACUAGAGCCUCCUAAAAAUGGCUUAUGUCCAAAGAGGCGGUUUUCUAUUGAAUCCUUGCUGGAAGAAGAAAAUCAAGGCAGACAUCCCUCUCAGGUACAACGGAGCUACAAGUCUAAGACCCUGGUGCCAAUUCAUAUUGAAGUGACCAGUGAUGAGCCACAACGAUCACAUAUGGAUUUUUCAGACAGUGAUCAAGAUGGAGUGGUUUCUGACCUCAGUGACUUUAUCCAGAUAGAGGGUUCAUCCUUUUGUAGUGAAAGUGAUUUUGACCACUUUUCCUUCACAUCAUCUGAAAGCUUUUAUGGGUCAGGCCAUCACCACCAUCACCACCACCACCACAGGCACCUCAUCAGCUCCUGCAAAGGGCGAUGUCCAGCGUCCUAUACCCGCUUCACCACCAUGCUAAAACAUGAAAGGGCUAAACAAGAAACCACUGAAGAUCCAAGGAGACAGGAAACAGAAUCUGGCCUCUCUAAGAUAGCAUUCCUAGUCAGUCCAGUGCCUUUCCGGAGGAAAAAAAGUGCAGCUCCUAAAAAACACACUGAAAAGAAAAAAUCUAAGUCAUCUGUAUUUGAAGCACUAGAUUCUGCACUUAAAGACAUCUGUGACCAAAUUAAGGCUGAAAAAAGAAGGGGAAGCUUGCCUGACAACAGCAUAUUACACAGACUUAUUACUGAGCUGCUUCCAGACAUUCCAGAACGGAAUUCAUCUCUUAAAGCUCUGAAAAAGAGCCCCAUGCACCAGCCUUUUCAUCCACUGCCUCAAGAUGGUGCUAUCCAUUGCCCACUGUACCAGAAUGAUUGUGGAAGAUUACCUCUUAGUGCCUCUUUUCCAGACAUGGACGCAACUAACAACAAUGAUAGUGCACUGUGUUUCCAAGACCAGGAGUCUCCUGGAAGCUAUUCUUCUGCUUUCACUGAUGUGGGACGAUAUACUCCAAGGGAGAGAAGAGGAAAUACAGACAAAGAGAAACUGCCAGCUAGAGCUGUAUAUGACUUUAAAGCUCAGACUUCUAAAGAGCUGUCUUUUAAGAAAGGAGAUACUGUCUAUAUCCUCAGGAAAAUUGAUCAAAACUGGUAUGAGGGUGAGCACCAUGGAAGAGUUGGAAUAUUCCCGAUUUCUUACGUUGAGAAACUUUCUCCCCCAGAAAAAGCACAGCCUGCCAGGCCACCUCCCCCUGCACAGAUCGGAGAGAUUGGAGAAGCUGUUGCCAAAUACAAUUUCAAUGCAGACACAAAUGUGGAGUUAUCACUUAGAAAGGGAGACAGAGUAAUUCUUCUAAAGCGAGUUGAUCAAAACUGGUAUGAAGGUAAAGUACCAGGAACCAACAGACAAGGCAUCUUCCCUGUUUCCUAUGUAGAAGUCAUGAAAAAGAAUGCAUCAAAAAGCCUUGAUGACUACCCUGAUCCUCCAAUACCCCAAAGCUAUUCUAGUGACAGCAUACAUCAUUUAGGUUCAACUAAGCCACAGCGCCCUGUGCUUGCUCAUGAAAACAUACACGGUGGGGGGGAACCGUUUCAGGCUCUAUAUAACUAUACUCCUAGGAACGAAGAUGAAUUGGAACUCAGAGAGGGAGAUGUCAUUGAUGUGAUGGAAAAAUGUGAUGAUGGAUGGUUUGUGGGAACCUCAAGAAGAACCAAAUUCUUUGGUACUUUCCCUGGAAACUAUGUCAAGAGGCUGUGAAUUUUUUUUCUACUUAUUUAUGCUGCAUCUCUGCAACACAUCUGCAUAAGCUGCUAGAAAACAUGCUACGCUGGUCUUCUAUUUCUUGCUUGCAGUCUCAAAUAGAGGCCAUCUAGUUCAUGCUCAUCCCAUCCCACCCUCCAAACCCCUCCAGCAGUAUUACAGCAACGACCACGGUGUGAAUGACAAGCUUUUCUGAAACAAGAGGAAUCACUUCAACCUUAAAUACUCCCUGCUUUAAAGUCUUUUUCAUUUGAAACACAACACACAAAGCCUGAGGACAGGUACACAGAUGAAUUGCCAUGGGGGGGUGGGGA